GCGCGUCAUCAGCAUGCGCCGAGAUGUUUGUUAUCAUUUGGUCGUUCUGAUAAAUUCAGAAAUCUAUAUUUGUGUGUGUGGAAAAUGUAAUAGCGUAGGAAUACUUUACACUUUACCUCGACCCUAACACCAGCGUACCGGCUUUAAAGCAAUGAAUCCCUUCUCGUGUAUCGCUUUGUAAUGAGUCAUGGAAGAUUUAUAAAAACACGAGAAAAUAACUUAAAAAGGUGAAGGUAUGCUGCGAUAACUAUUGGCCACCUCACGAUACCAAAUCCAUUCUUUACGUAUACAGAGCAAACAAUCUAAACAUGUUUAUGCCAAGAGCUCUGAAAGUGAAGAGACCCACCGAGGGUCCACGACAAGUUCCUGCGAAAAAGAGCAAGGUGAAACAGGAGGAGAACCAGGAACCCAUCGGGAGUCCAAAGAACCAGGAGGGUCUCGAACCAGCACCUUCAUUACCAGUGCCCAACGAGAAGGUGAUCCCCCAAGAAGAACCGCAAACCCCAAAUCUGGGAACAACAUCAACAUCAUCAUCACCAACCAAAACACAAAUGUCGACCCAUGCAGAGGCCACAUCCUUGGAAAAGGCCCCAUGUCCCGUUAAAAGUAGUGACGGUUCUUCCUCGGGGGAAAGUGAUGAUGAUGAAGAGGAGGAGGAACCGGUCAAGUCGUUCCGAAAGAGCCAGAGAUGGCCCGACCCUGGCGAGCCGGUCUGCGUGAUGUGCGGUCGCUACGGCGAGUACAUCUGUGACAGCACCGACAACGACGUCUGCAGUCUGGAAUGCAAGGGUAAACACCUGACCGAGAUGGGCAAGGGCCUCGGAGGGGUCUCCUCUGACCCCAAACAGGAAACGACACAAAACACGAGAACUCCUCCUCCGCAAAAGGCAGAAACUAAAGGGGUCCAAACCGAGGCUGGGUACGUGUACAAGGAAGACCCGUUUAUAUCGGGGCUGACAGAAGAGCAGGUGGGCCGGAUUAAGAAGGAGCUGGGCAUCGUGGCCCAGGGAACAGACGUGUGCCGCCCCAUCGUGGAGUUCCAGCACUGUGGAUUCUCUACCACGCUGGGGGGCAACCUGAAGAAGGCGGGCUACGAGGCGCCCACGCCGGUCCAGAUGCAGAUGGUGCCGGUCGGCCUGACUGGGAGAGAUGUGAUUGCAAGCGCCGAUACUGGCUCUGGAAAAACGGUAGCCUUCCUGCUACCUGUAGUGAUCCGGGCACUGGAGAAAACAAGCGCAGAAGCGGGAAGCCCGCUGGCUCUGAUCCUGACCCCCACCAGGGAGCUGGCGAUCCAGAUCGAGAGGCAGGCCAAGGAGCUGGUGAUGGGCCUGGCCAACAUGAGGACGGCCCUGCUGGUGGGAGGGAUGCCUCUGCCUCAACAGCUCCACCGCCUCAAGAGCACCAUCAAGAUCGCCAUAGCAACUCCAGGCCGGCUCCUGGAGAUCCUGAAGCAGAAGGCAGUGAAGCUGGACAAGGUCAAGGUCGUGGUGGUGGAUGAGGCGGACACCAUGCUGAAGAUGGGCUUCCAGCAGCAGGUCCUGGAGGUGCUGGAGCACGUACCGGAGGAGCGGCAGACCCUGCUGACCUCGGCCACCAUCCCCGAGGGCACGGAGGAGCUGGCAGGGAGGCUGACCCGCGACCCCGUCCGCAUCACCAUCGGGGACAAGAACCAGCCCUGCUCCAACGUGCGGCAGAUCCUGCUCUGGGUGGAAGAGCCCUCCAAGAAGAAGAAGCUCUUUGAGAUCCUCAAUGACGCAAAGCUGUACCAUCCCCCAGUGGUGGUCUUUGUGGACUGUAAGUUGGGGGCGGACCUGCUGUGCGAGGCGGUAACCAAGGUGAUGGAGCUGAACACGGUAGCCAUCCACUCGGACAAGACCCAGUGGGAGCGCAACCGUAUCCUUAAGGGUCUCCUGGAGGGCGACUUUGAGGUGGUCAUCAGCACCGGGGUGCUGGGCCGAGGCCUGGACCUGGUCAACGUCAAGCUGGUGGUCAACUUCGACAUGCCCUCCAACAUGGACGAGUACGUGCAUCAGGUGGGUAGAGCGGGUCGACUGGGCCAUCGCGGCACCGCCAUCACCCUGCUCAACAACAACAACAGGCGCGUGUUCCUGGAGGUGGUGAGCCGGGUCAAGGCCACAGGCUCCAGCCUGCCCCCCCAGCUCCUCAACUCCCCCCACCUGCACGAGCAGCAGCGGAGGCAAAAGCAGAGGGCCCAGCCAGGCCCCGAGGAGCCGCUGGUCACCACCGAUAACCUCAUGGCCCUUAUCAGGAAACACGACCACCGCAGGAAGUAGUCCCCCUGUUUAGAGCACUUAUCUUUUUUUCUGAGUAUGAAUGGUUAUUUUUGUUUUUGUUAAUAAAAUAAAUAAGGAAAGUU